ACAAGGGGUCCUUGGAGUUGCUCUAAUCUACGCAAUCACCUAAAAGAAAGACAUGGCGACGGUUUCUAUACGAGAUCAGGAUUGGAUUUGAAGCAUGGCAGGUCUCGCCUGGUCUUUGAAUACCAAGUCUUAUCCCUUGCUGAUACACAAGGGAUUCACGAUCGUGUAGUGUCACGUCAGAUAUCUGCGCUCAUUCUAGGCUGCCCCACACGCAGACACGAUGUACUGCCUCCAGUGGUUACUCCCUGUUCUCUUGAUCCCUAAACCAUUGAAUCCGGCCCUGUGGUUCAACCACUCCAUGUUCAUGGGCUUCUACCUGCUCAGCUUCCUGUUGGAGAGGAAGCCCUGUACCAUUUGUGCCUUAGUUUUCCUGGCUGCUCUGUUUCUCAUCUGCUACAGCUGCUGGGGAAACUGCUUUCUUUAUCACUGCCAUGAUUCUCCACUGCCAGACUCCGCACAUGACCCCAACAUCGUAGGCACCUAGAAGUUCCAAUGACGCUUUUACACAGACCCUGGUCAAUCUCAAUCCGGACUGUGAAUCAAAAACCCACAAGAAAUGCUGAGACUUCUUUGUACCCACAUUGACAACCGCUCCACGGUCCCGCUGCAACUCAUAACAAACUGCUCUUGUUCCCUGACUUGAAUCUGUUCCCAAUGGCACAGGGGCAUCUCACCUUUGGUUAAGGUGUUUUGACGCUUGCAUGGGUUACCUCUAGGGUUCCUUUCUCAUUGUGUUCAAUGCACAUUCUUUCAUUUCUGGAUGCUGAGAUUUUUCCAAAGGGUAGAUGAUCAUUUGUGUGAGUGUGUAAAAGUUUGUAUGUUGUGAUUUUUGGGUUUCUGUUCAUGUGUCAUUAAUCAGUAUGAAUGCAAGUGUUAAGAGAACAGAGGUGAUAUAAGUUGAGCUAAAGGCGUGGAGCGCAUCUUCGUCUGCUGAGUUAGCUCAAAUGCUGUCACAACUUUUAAUUCAAUAAAGUUUCUUAUGAUCAAAGCAAGCUAUAUGGCUGAAUCAUAA